AUGGCAGACCCCAGCGCCGGCCGUGGAGCUGCCAGCACAAGCCAGAGCCAGAGGGUGCUGGCAGGGGCUCUUCGGUCCGGGGAUCGAGAGAAGUCCUCUCCGAGAAUCCCUCGGUGCCGGCUGAGGUUCCGCGAUCCCAGGAUCCGUCGAGGCUCAAGAGCAGUAUCCCAUCUGGGUCGCCAAAACUGUUACCUCACCACUGGUUGCUUUCACGUAGACAUCUGGUUUCGCCCAACCAGCAGCUUGUAUAUCCUUACUAAUUUUGUUAAUGAGUAUGCCACAACAGGCUGCUCUCUGACGCUCCAUCACACAGAAAAGCCAGCACACGAAGACAUCUGUGAGUAUCGUCCCUACUCCUGCCCGUGCCCUGGUGCCACCUGUAAAUGGCAGGGAUCCUUGGAAGCCGUGAUGUCCCACCUCAUGCACGCCCACAAAAGCAUUACCACUCUUCAGGGAGAAGACAUCGUUUUUCUUGCUACGGACAUUAACCUUCCAGGGGCGGUUGACUGGGUGAUGAUGCAGUCAUGCUUUGGUCACCACUUCAUGCUGGUGCUGGAGAAACAAGAGAAGUACGAAGGUCACCAGCAGUUUUUUGCCAUCGUGCUGCUCAUUGGCACCCGUAAGCAAGCGGAGAACUUUGCGUACAGACUGGAGCUGAACGGCAACCGCCGCCGGCUGACCUGGGAGGCAACGCCCCACUCCAUCCAUGAUGGGGUGUCUGCGGCCAUUCGGAACAGCGACUGCCUAGUUUUUGACACAGCUAUAGCACACCUUUUUGCCGACAACGGAAACCUUGGCAUUAAUGUGACUAUUUCUACAUGUUGUCCGUGA